AUGGCUCACGAUGAGCUUAAUGAUGAGGAAGAGACACCUUUAAUUCCUGUGAGAAAAGAUUCCGGAAAGCAAAGACACACAAUGAUGUCUGCGUCUUUUAAUUUUAUUAAUUCCAUUAUAGGGUCUGGGAUUAUUGGUUUACCUUAUGCACUGAACCAGGCGGGUCUCCCCCUUGGUCUCCUGCUUUUGAUACUCGUUGGGUUCAUUACAGACUAUACAAUCAUCUUACUUAUUAAAGGAGGGAACAUCACAGGGACAAAUAGUUAUCAAGCGCUGGUGCAAAGCACGUUUGGGUUUCCUGGGUUUCUGAUUUUAUCUGCCCUGCAGUUCCUUUAUCCUUUCAUUGCCAUGAUAAGCUACAAUAUCACAACCGGCGAUACGCUGACCAAAGUGUUUCAGAGAAUACCUGGAGUCGGUCCUGGUCACAUACUUGCAGAGCGUCACUUUGUGAUCCUACUCUCAACCAUUGUGUUCACGCUUCCUCUCUCACUGUAUCGAAAUGUAGAGAAGCUUGGGAAGGUGUCCCUCGUGUCAAUGCUGCUGACACUUACCAUCCUCAUCAUCGCGAUCAUCAGAGCAGCUACCUUUGGGCCACAAAUCGUGCCCACACAGAACGCCUGGUCCUUUGCAAAUUGGAACGCAAUUCAGGCUGUCGGUCUCAUUUCCUUUGCAUUUAUAUGCCACCACAACAGCUUUCUUAUCUACGGUUCUCUGGAGAAGCCCACUGUAGCCAACUGGUCCCGGGUCACCCACACAUCCGUGGGCUCUGCGGUUUUAUUCAGCGCUGCCUUUGCAGUCGCCGGCUACAUCACCUUCACUGGUUACACACAAGGAGACAUUUUUGAGAACUACUGCAGAGAUGAUGAUCUGGUGACAUUCGGUCGCUUCUGUUUUGGCUUCAGCAUAAUAGCCACAUUUCCACUGGAGUGUUUUGUUACACGAGAGGUGGUAACCAAUGUCAUUUGCAGAAGGGAGCUUUCAAAAAUGGAACAUGUGCUUAUAACGUCCCUUAUCGUUCUGGCUUGCACGUCGUUGUCUUUGCCUUACGAUUGUCUGGGAGUUGUUUUGGAGCUCAAUGGUGUUCUGAGUGCCACUCCUCUGAUCUUCAUCAUCCCACCUGCGUGUUUCCUCAAGCUUUCCCCUGGCAGGAAGUUACAGUGCCAAAACGUCAUACCCAUCUUCUUGAUAGCGAUGGGCUUCUUCGUCAUGAUCACCGGUUUGAUCAUGAUCGGCCUCUACCCUCAAGACUGUUCACACGGUGUGGAGAUGUUCUACUGUGUACAAAGCAAUUUUUCUAGCACCGCACCACCAGUCUGA